CUCAAAUUCUCUCACGCAAAAGUAAACCUACCAAACUUCAAGCCCAACAAAGGCGGUGCAAAAACAGUAGUAUCAGUUUAUCUGUUGCAGUUAUCUGUGAGACAUGUGGAACCAGGCAUACCGGAAAGAUGACGUGGAAGCCGGAACAAGGCCGUUGUAUCCGGCGAUGCUGGAAGCGCCCGAACUCAGAUGGUCUUUUAUUCGAAAAGUCUACUCAAUCAUUACUAUACAAUUGCUUCUCACCAUUGCUGUGGCUUCCGUCGUUGUCACCGUUCAUCCGAUUUCUCAUUUCUUCACAACCACAAGUGCAGGCUUAGGACUUUAUAUUGUUCUCAUCAUCACUCCUUUUAUCACGUUGUGCCCGCUGUAUUACUAUCAUCAGAAACAUCCGGUGAACUACUUGCUUCUUGGGGUUUUCACAGUUUCUCUUGCUUUUACCAUCGGAUUAACUUGCGCAUUCACCAGCGGCAAAGUAAUCUUGGAGGCAGUAAUAUUGACGACAGCAGUGGUGAUUAGUCUGACAUUAUACACCUUCUGGGCGGCUAGGAGAGGCCAAGAUUUUAACUUCCUGGGACCUUUCUUGUUCGGGGCUCUCAUUGUUCUUAUGGUGUUUGCGUUCAUCCAGAUCCUUUUCCCUCUGGGUAAGAUCUCAGUGAUGAUCUAUGGCUGUCUGGCGUCUAUCAUAUUCUGUGGAUACAUUGUUUAUGAUACGGACAAUUUAAUCAAGCGCUACACGUACGAUGAGUAUAUCUGGGCUGCUAUAUCCUUGUAUCUCGACAUCAUCAAUCUGUUUCUUUCUCUGUUGACCGUCUUCCGGGCUGCUGAUAAUUAAAGAGAGAACUUGUCGUACUAUUCUGAGUCUCUUCUCGUGCACAUUGUCCUUUUCUUUUCCUUGUGUUCAUUUUUUCCGGUUAUGGAUAGUCUGCUUCAGUAAUCGUUGUAUAAAUUUUUUUUCUUAAGUGGAAGUGGGAUUCUUGAAUUGUAUAUAUAUCUUGUAAAGAUGGCUUCCAAGCAGCGGGCUCCUUUUCUGUGAGUCCGUGUUAAUGGCUAAAAAGCAAACGUUUCGACUUCA